UCCGCCUCCAUUUUUGUUAUGCGGCAGACGCGUUAGCAUCGUUAGCAUCGUUAGCAUAGGAGACUCUGGUGACAGAAAAUAUUAACAACUGUUGUCGAUCCCAGACGCUCAGAGUAAUCAAGAUCUGUUUUCUGCUAAUAUGUGGGAUGGACCUGGGCCUGGACCGAGACGACGGGGAGGACCUCACUUUCGUGAUCCUCAUGAAGACUAUGGGGGCAGGGACCGCCCCAUGCCUGACUACAGAGGUAGGGGAGGGAUGAACAUGGGUCCUAUGGGUCCAAGACAUUUUGAUAUGCCACCCAUGGACAUGAGAAGAAUGGACGGCCCACCCAUGAGGGGUUAUGACAUGGACCCCCGAGAUAUGGGGGGUCCAGGCAGUAGAGAUUUUUUCAGACGUGGUGAAGAACCAGAAUUUGCUCCUGGAAGACAGGUUGAGAUAAACUUUAAGGAGAGGUUUGUGUAUACACCUGGUUUUGGAGAGCAUGGGAAAAUCCCUGAUGACCUGGAUGGCAGAAAUAUGCCUCCGCGUGAACCAGGAGGCAGAUUCAUGGACAUGGAUAGAGAAGGGUUUCCAUUUGACCGGCUUCCGUUUCACAAUGAAGGGAGGAGAGGAUUCCCCAUGGAUCGAAUGGACAGAAAUGAGAGAUUUCGAGAGGGGCGUGACCGCUCUCCAAUGGGCAUGCGCCACAGGGAAGACUUUGACAUGGACAUGCCUCCACCCGAGAGAAGGAGGAUGGACAUGGACCGACGUGGAGGGUCACCCUUUAAACCCAGAGGGGGGUUUGACUCCGACAUGGAUUUCAGAAACCGUCCUGGACCAAUGUCUGACUUUAGAGGACGAGGCCAGUCUCCGCCGAGGUUUGGAAAUGAUCCUACCCCUCAUGUCGACCGAAGAGGACCAGAGCUGGAUCCAGAGGACAGCGGCCCCAAGACCAAAGACGAGGGUGAUCAUGGGGGAGACAGUCCACUAACAGACUACAGGUGCGGGGAGGAGAUGACUCUGGCUGAAGAAUGGAAAAACCGCAAGAAGGACAAAAAACCUUUUGACAUGAUUUCUAAAGGUUUUGUUGGUACAAAUGAACCCAAAUACCCUAGGGACUUUGGUCGGGAUGAAAAUAUUAGGGAUCCUUUGCAUUUGCAGGAAAGGGAUAUGAUGUCAAUGGAUUAUCCGACUAAAGAUUUAAAUUUCCCGCACAAUAAUUUCCCACUUAUGGACUUACCUGGCCAAAAAGGCCCACCAGACUUUAUGCCUCCACUUAAUGACCCACUUGGUCGGGAAAGGGAAACUAAACCUUGGCUUGAGGGCAGGGAUCUUGAAUAUAGACGGCCACCACCGAAUCUAGUGAAGACUCAACCUCCACAUGAAAUCCAAGAACCACCCAGCAGUUUAGAAGAUGUGCCACACAACCAAGCACCUCCAAGGACAAAGCUGGAUGAGGACCCUGACCUGAGCAACAGCAGCGGGCCACCAAGAGACCAGGACUACAGGGACAUAGAUUAUCGGACGGCAUCAAGAGCCUUUGAUUUCAAAACUGAGGUGCUUCCCACACCAGACAAACUUAUCAAUGAGAGUAAAACAGCUGCACCGGAAAGGUUUAUUGAAUCUGCUUCACAGGAUCAGGACUACAGGGGUGCAGUAUUUGAAGACCCGGUGUCCAAUACAGUGUCCAUCACGGGCAUUCCCAAGACUGCCACCAUGGAACAGAUUUUGGGAGCCUUCACUUCUGAUGGUGUUCCACUUCAGAGAAUGAAGUUCAAGACGGUUGUUCAAGGUUACAGCUACGAUACUGCCAUUGUGGAGUUUUUAAACCUCGAGGAUGCAGUCCACAUCAUGGAGUCCAACAAGGGAUCCCUAAAGAUUGGCUCUAGUUCGGCUUCUCUGAAGUUUGUUCGGCCAGAGGACUGUAGCAGAGGUGCUCAGGAGUCCGACCAUAGCUUUCCGCAUGAAUCCCAGUCACACUUUCCCAGACUCGGUGCCCCCCCAGAGGAGCAGAAGAGCUCUCUGAACGGCUCUGCUCCAGGGCUGGCCUCAGAAGGGAGCAGCUCAGAGCAGUGGCAGCGCAGCUCAGACCUGACUCCAGAGGCCUGGCAGCGGCAGGUGGACCAACAGCUCCAACAGCAGGAAGAGCCCCCUCGAGAGCCAUGGUCCAGUCAGCAACCUCCACCACAACAUCCACCUCAACCAGACUAUGGAGAGAGCAAAACUCUGAUAAUAAAGUAUGUGAAGCCCACCACAACAGUAGAGACCAUUCUGAAAGCCUUGGACCCUUAUGCCUAUCUAGAUGAAAGAAAUGUGCGCAUUGUUAAGGCUAAAACUGGAAACAAGUGCUUCUGCUUUGUCGACAUGGAAUCACAUGAGCAAGUGAAACGUCUUGUUGAGCUUCUGUCUAAGCUCAGGCCUGUGUAUAUUGAUGGUUUCAGGGUUUACGUUGAAAUUGCAAAACCUUUGAAAAACCCUGCUCAACCCAGCACAACAUGGCCACCACCAGCUCAGCAGCCCCAACAGCAGCAGCAGCCGCCGCCAUUCAUGCCUCCUCCACAGUACAUGCCGCCCAUGCCUCCACCUGUCACUGCACCCACAGAAAUGCAAGGUGGAUUGAUGCCUGUCACUCCAAAUCUGCCCCUGCCCAUAAACCCCAGCAUUAACCAGGGAGUUGGAUAUGUUGACACUCCGGUUCAUAUGCCAACUGAAGCAGUCGCUGCAGAGCCACCACAGACGCAUUUCUUUGUUCCAGAGGCUCCAGAUGUGAGCAAUUACUUGUAUGACGCCACUUCUGGUUUUUACUAUGAUCCAGAGACAACGCUGUACUAUGACCCCAACUCUAGAUAUUUCUACAAUGCGGAAACUCAGGAGUACCUUUACUGGGACCCUGCUCUGAAAGCCUACAUCCCUGUUCCUGGGGGUCAGACUGCAGAGGGACUGACUGUAGGAGACCAGGCCAUUCUGUCCAACCCUGCAGCCGACGCUCCUCUGGAGAUGAAGAAGCCCCCUCCAAACCCCCAUAUAACACACGUCCCCCAUGUCCCCCUUGCACCACAGACCACACAAACUGCACAAACUACUCACACUUCAUUCACAACAGAAACUACACCUACUUCUUACACCACAGAAUCCACACAUACCCCAAAUGUGCCGCAUGUGCCAGUGUCCACCCCCAUAGGUCCCACCCCAGCCCCCACCAUCUCCCCGGAGCCUACCCCAGCACCCGCACCACCUGCCCCUGCACUCCCACCUAAUGACACGAAGGAGGAAGAGGAGGCUAAAAAGGAUGGCAAGGACGAGAAGCCAAAAAGUCGUGCUGCAGUUAAGAUUAUGAAGGAUAUGGAGAGAUGGGCAAAGAUUCAGAAUCGUCAAAAGGACAGUAUCCGGACGCCCUCGCCUCAUGUGAGGGGUGAGGACGACCGCAGGCAGUCCAAAUCUGCUGAUGCUGGUUUUGCUGUGUUUGAAAGAAAGAUAACGGGAGGUAGUGAGGAGCUAUUCAAGAUGCCCUUUGCUCCUGCUAAGAAAGAUGAGAAGUCAAAGCGUUCAAUGGGGUCUCUGGGUGCGCUGGUGUCAGACUAUGGAGCAGGAAGUGAUGAAGAGGUAGAGGACGACAAAGAUGAGUCCAAAUCCUCUAAAAACGCUCAGCCCUCGGAGAAGGAGGACAGACUGACGGACUGGAAGAAGAUGGCCUGUUUACUGUGUAGGAGGCAGUUUCCCAACAAAGACGCACUCGUACGGCACCAGCAGCUGUCCGACCUACACAAACAAAACAUGGAGAUACACCUCAAGAUCAAAAGAUCAAAAAGGGAGCUAGAGGCGCUGGAGAAUCAGGAAAAACAGUUAAACGCACAAACAGCCACCAAAUCACCAGAACAGAGAAAGAGGAAACCACCGCCACAGCAUCAGGAUGACUGGGCCAGCAGCUCCAGGGACGCAAAGAGUCAGCUGAGUGAGAGACCUGGAUUAGGAGCAGAGCCUGCCCCCGCACAGAAAAAGAAGAAAAAGCAGCGCGUGUUCACUCAUGCCGAAUAUAAACAAGCUGUACGCAAUGCCAUGUUUGCCCGGUAUAAGGAACUGGACUAAUGCAGCAGCUCACAUCGCCAAAGUGACUCUACUACAGUACAUGUACGAUACUAUGAACUGCCAUUGCACCUACAUGAAAAAUCAGACAUUUCUCCAUCAAUUCAGAUCAAAUUAAAUAAUAUGUGGCCAAUAAGAGCUGCUUGGACUGAAAUAGUAUUUUAAAUUUUGUUACGAACUCUGUACAGAACAUGUCAAUGUUAGAAAAUGUCUUUAUUUUGGUGUCCUCAUGGAAUUAUGUCCAGUGUUUUUUAUGGUCCUGCAGCUGUAUCUUGGUUAUGGUUAUACUAUAUUUUUGUUUUAGACUUGAAUGAUUUUU